AUGUCGAAAACAACUCCGGUACCUGUUCGCACUACCGCGUUUGAACCCUACAUGCGAGCCGCAAUAGAGAAAGUAUACCACUACACUCCAUCAGCGAUCUUCAAACCACAUCCAGGAUACGCAGCGGCUCCUAACUUACGAAGCGAAGUUACAAACACUAUAAUCCUCUUCACCGGUUCCUUCAACCCGCCGCAUCUUGGACACAAACUGUUGCUAACGCACGCCUUCUUCCGAUCAUCGUUUGAAAACGCCGUUGCUGCUACAAUCCUCCCUGGGCCUAACCCCAACGAGAAGGAAGAUUAUUUGGACGAAAAGUUCCCGCAAGCGUUGGAAGAGGCAAUCUCCAAAGACGGUUUCCGCGUCUCGCCUGUAACUGUUUGGGGCGUAGAUUGUCUGGACAGCACUACCGAGUUGCAGCAUCGCGGUGAGCUCUGGGAGGAAUCGGUAUUUAGCGACGCAGGGAGGGCGUUAGAACAACAUACGGACAACGGUACGCCUGUGAAACUUCAUCAUUACCUGAACUGGAAGAUUCAAUCUGAAGUAUAUGAGCGGCUGCUUGCACGAAUCGAGCAAGGCGAGUUUGCCACCCAGGUCAUAACACAGCUCCUUUAUCCUCUCCAGGCACAGAUAAUCGAACGUGACUUCCAGAAACCAGAGGAUUUAGAAAAGCAAGCGCGAAAUGUUCUUUCUGUUUCUCUUCGGGAAAGCGGUCACCCAUGGAUAUGUAAGAAUAGGAAGGAUCCAGAGAUCGUGGUUCGGUUUGUCCCCGCUCGUAGCCUGUUACUUGCUCAGGGUAUGUCGGAUCUCAGCUCGGCUUAUAUCCGAAAUAUUGUUGAAAUUCAUGGGCCCGAUGGAGCUGGUGAGAUUCUGGUGGAUGCUCUCACUGGGAAGGCUCUGAACCCAAUCAUAUUUGAGUCUAUGCUGGAAUCGAAGCGAAGGAUAGAAUAG